CUCAACCCCAAACACUCCGAGAAGCCAGAGACGCAAAGGAGAAGUGAAAGAGGAGCUAGAAGAUCAACAGGCAGCCUGGCAAUUUGUUGCUUUCUGUGCUACACACUCACAGACUUGCGUAAAGGUCUAUGAAGAAUGGAAAUAACUUUACUUACUUUUCGAUCAAGACAACUCACUGUCAUGUGGAUGUACUUCAGUCGACUUCUGUUGUUGAUGCACUAAACAUGGCAAGUCUCCCAGCACAGAGCCCAGGGAGGCUGUCUGGAGAGGAUUAUCAGGACAAAAAAUGAGAAAACUUUCUGCCUGAUAGAGGAGAAACUACUGCAAAGAUGAACCCAGAAUCUCUGGACUCGUCCAUCCAGAGUGCCCUGUCGGCCCUGUUCCCGCCUUUUGAGGCCACAGCUCCCAUCGUCCUCAGCCAGCUAUUUCGCACCAUUGAGGAACGUUACCACGGUGAUGCAUUACAGUGCCUGCUGGACUUUCUCAUACCCUCCAAACACCUGCUGGAGAGUGUCCAACAGGCAGCAUGUUCUGGAUACUCUGAUGUGGUUUUCCGCUGUGAGGGCUGGCCCCUUUGUCUCCAUGACAAAACCGUCAUCCAGUUAGCGCCUGUGAACCCUUUGCUGCUGCGUCCUGGAGACUUCUAUCUACAGGUGGAACCUUUUGGGGAACAAGCGGCUCGUGUUGUCCUCAAAAGUCUUCUGGAGGAGGGCUGUCGAGAAGUGGAGGAGACCCCCGUCCCUGAGACUUCCUACCCUUGCAUCUUUACCGAAGAAUGGCUGCAAGACAUCAAUGAAGGACGGCAUGGAACUCCGCUGUCGCGUUGCUUGCUUUGCACAGAUCAAGGAGUAAUCAAGUUGCCCUGGGCUAAAAUUGCCAUCCCAGAGUUUUUGGACAAGCCUAAGAUCAUGCCCACUUAUCAGGAAGCUCCUCCUGAAACAAAGCAGAUCUCUGUUCCCUCGCAUUUUAACUCUUCCACCCUCCCGAUGGAAGCAAUUUUUCUUCCUGCACAGGACAGGAUGUCAGCAUCUUUGAGACAUAUGGACUGUUCUUCCAAACUUGUCAAAAUGGACCAUGGAAGACGACCCCCCAAAUCAUACUCCAAACCUUUAAUCAAACCAGUGGGUUGGGUUUCUCCUAAUACUUGGGACAGUCGUAACUAUCGAGAGUUUGAGGGGGAUUAUGUGGACUUGGUGGAUAUCUCCAAAGGGAAGGAGUUUGUGGAUCAAAAGAAAGGCAGCCAUCCAAAUCCACCCAAUUCAGUUCUGUUCAAACCUGUCAGACCACCUCCACCUGUACCGCUUGGGAAUAGUGUUCCCUGUGGACGCACCCUUCAGUAUGCAGAGGAGCCUUGUACACCAUGCAGCCAGAGAAGGCUGGGGCUUGAGCCCACUGAUCAAGACUUGAAGUGUAGGUACAGAGACUCAUAUGUGGCAGCACUGAAAAACCCAGUCACUUUUGAGAGGGGAAGUGUAGACCUCCUGGCUGCACUGGAGGAAGUUGGCCUUUGUGAAGAUGGAGAGUUAGGAUCCAAGGGUACACUUGAAGCUCAAAGAGACGAACUUGGAAGCUUUUGUAAGCACUGUAAUAAACCCUUGAUAAGUAAUGAGCUGUGCCAAUACAGACACCGCUGUGAACCAACGUCAGAAAACAUUGCAUCCCACCUCAAAGACCAUCAAAGUUUUGAAUCAGAAAACCUGAUGAAGGAACCCCCCACAGUUUUGAAAUCAACCCCUGGUUUGAGCCAUAGUCAGAGAGUUCAGAUGAAACUUAUUUCCCACCAAUUAGGACAUAAUGCUACGCAUAGUUUGCAUUCAGGAUCCGAUUUGUUCUUGGAGAACUGUGAUGGUGACAUUAAACCACAUCAGAAGGUGGAUGUUGUGAAACCAUCAGGAAAACACAAGGUUAAGGUUAGGUCCCUGUCCACUGUGUCAGAGACUUCUAAAGGGAGUCCACUUCUCUAUAAACUCAAUAACAGGAGCCACAGUGAUAUCUGCCCUGAAACAAUCACCAGCAUAAUGCAGUCUAAGAAGGUUGAACUGUUGGAUCAGGUGACUCAGAAGCUGGAAAGAAGAAAGUGCCCUAAAAAAGACUCCCAGUCAAGUAGGAGUGAAACUCCCUCCACCACAGAUGGACCAGACCUAAAACUCUAUCACUCAAAGAUAGAAAGGCUACCUUCUCCACAAGUUCAACUUCCUUCUGCAAGUCCUGAUACUCCCCAGUCAACACAAACUGAGAUAUCAAGUUUCAGAAGCGUCAGUGGUCUGCUUGAACUCGGCAUUAUUUGUUUGCCAGGCAGCAGGGACAGGACAGGCAGGGCAGUUGUGGAGGUCCAUGGUGACAGGAAGGAGUGGACAUCACCUCUUGUGUCAGCGCAGAAUGUCUGUGAAUUACUGCUCUACUUACACUCCAUACCAAGGAAAGAAAUUCGAGAGCUGGGAAUGACUUUGGUCAUCAAUGCCAGGAAGAAGCCGCCUUCGCUUCAACUCUACAAAGCUCUGCUGAUGGCCCAGGAGCAAGCUCUCCAUGCAGUCCACAGUAUCGUGAUGCUGGUGGAUAAAGACACUUGUCCUCGACCUGAAAAACAGCCAGGGUUACAGAUGGACACAGUGACUUCUAUGAAAGCCCUCAACAAGACAGUUGAAGCUUCCCAGCUGACUUCUGACCUGGGAGGGACCUUUACUUACAGUCGUACCGACUGGCUGCAGUUCCAUCAGAGACUGGUUUCUUUCAUGACUGACCUCCGAGGGGCAGACAGCUUGUUGCAGAAGGCCAUCAAGAAAGUGGAUGGCAGCAAAAAGAUAGACACUGCUCAGGAAGUACAGCAAUGCAUUCAGGAACAGAAGGCCUCAAUGAAAGAGGUGCUGGAAGACGCUCGACUGGUCACUCUGCAAAGAGAAGGAGGGGCUGUACUGGCCAGAAUGAGGAGAGAGGACUUCAGAUUUCCACAGUCUGAGGACUACAGUUUGUUUCACCUUCCUUGCAGAGAUGCUCUGGAGUCAGUGACGAGUCUGUAUAACCAGGUGGAGGAGAAGCUCCACGUGCUGGUGAUGAGAUCAAAUGAGUCACUGCAGCACCUGGAGUUCCUCUUCAGGCUCAGAGAGACGGAGGCCAAAAUUAGCACGGCUGGGAUGUGGUUCAAUACAGAAGGUGAACAGAAAAUGAAGGACUCUUACACAACAGAUGAUACCCUGGUGUGCACUGAGAAAGACUUGCAGAACUUUGAUCUGUUUCUCAUUCAGUCUAAGGAGAAACAACAGUACGCCUUGACCCUAGUGGCGGAGGCAGAGGGAAUUGUUGCCAUGAGCUAUUCCAGUCCUGCAACAGAUAUUUUCCGGACUAUGGUCAGCACUUUCAAAUCCAAUAUAGAUGAUUUUAUGUUGCGGGCUCAGCAGAGGUACAAAGAACUGGAUACACUGGUGCAUGUGCACCGCUUCUGUGAGAAGGCGUCUGCCCUUGCCAAAGAAUGCAGUCAUUUUCUGGAGAAGGUAGAGCAGGGGUGUUACUCAGCUCAGACUCUAAGCACACUCCAGAUGUAUGAAGAAAGAUUAGGUGGCGAAUUCUCCACCCCGCACUUCCAGGCUUUGAAAGCUAAGGCCUGUACUGUGGGAAAAGGGGCCUUAAUGUGGAAUGCAACCUGGGUCCAGUGCCAAGAAGUCAGGCAGCGUCUUGAGGAGAUGCAGAAGAAGAAAGGCGUAGAUAAGAACCAGAUCCAGCAGAGCACAGCUGCAAACCCUCAAGGGGAAGAUGGGGGAAUGGAGAAGGAGAAAAGGAGUAACGUGGGGGGAGAUAAGUGCUCCCUGACCCAGCAGCUUACCUCUCAGAAAGAGGUAGUCAAUAUCUCAGAAAGUGAAGGAGAAAGCACCACUGCUGUAUGCUUCAACCACCAUUCAAAACCUGAUUUGAAAGGGAGCGAGAAUGGAGAAUCCCAAGCACAAAACUUACCCGAAGCACCAGUUAAAAAUGAGAAAAUCACUCCUGUUUUUCCACAAAACUGCAACUGUCAUUCAGAAAGCAAAUGGAGGCCAAGAGGGCACCACAGCGAGGCAGAUCUGAGGAGCACAGACUUAGUUGAGGGGGGCAAUGGUUUUCCAUUGCACCGACCUUUGGGUCGGUCUCUGAGCGAGGGCUCAUAUGUGAGCCCUCAUUUGACGAGCAUCUCUGGCUUUUCACCUUUGAAUGUAAGACACAAACAUUGUCAGAGCAAGACACAUCCACUGGAACAAAAUCUGCAGCCCGUCCAAAAUCUGCCCAUUUCCCAUAACGAGAGUUUAUGGUCAGGAAACCUGAGCUGCGAGUCAAAAGGAGACAGUAAUGAAGAAGAGGCUGAAGGAUGCACAGUCUCCACCCAGACUCCUAAAGAUUUAAAGACCCCAGAGACAUUACUCACACCAGCAGAAAACAAUAGCAGCAAUGUUUUGAAGCUGCGGAGGAUCAUGGAUGAGCUGCUGUCCACAGAGAGGGAGUAUGUGAAGGCUCUGGGUUACGUUCGAGAACACUACUUUCCCGAGCUGGAGAGGGCUGACGUCCCUCAGGACCUCAGGGGCCAGAGGGGGAGCAUUUUCGGUAACUUAGAAAAACUGCACGACUUCCACCGUCAUCAUUUCCUGAACGAGUUGGAGAGCUGCAUGAACGAACCCUUCAGAGUGGGACGCUGCUUCCUUCGACAUAGAGAGAGCUUUGCUUUGUAUGCCCUUUACAGCAAGAACAAACCGCAGUCUGAUAGUCUUCUCAUCAAUCAUGGACAGGCUUUCUUCAAGCAAAAGCAGCUGAAGCUGGGGGAUAAGAUGGACCUGUGGUCGUACCUGCUGAAGCCUGUGCAGCGGAUCAGUAAGUACAGUCUGCUGCUGCAGGACAUGAUGAGGGAGUGUGGUCCGGGACAAAACAGAGAGAUGGCUGAGGUCAAGGCCGCCCUGGAGGUCAUCCACUUCCAGCUUCGCCACGGCAACAACCUGCUGGCCAUGGACGCCAUCCACCACUGCGACGUUAAUUUGAAAGAGCAGGGGCAGCUGAUACGUCAGGAUGAGUUCCUAGUAACUUUCAGGAAGAAAAAAUGUUUCCGCCACAUUUUUCUCUUCCAAGAACUUGUCCUCUUUAGCAAGACCAGGAAGACGGACGUAGGCAAUGACACAUAUAUCUACAAACAAUCAUUCAAGACAUCAGAUAUAGGCCUGACCCAAAACAGCGGUGACAGUGGCCUGUGUUUUGAGAUCUGGUUCAGAAAAAGGAAAACCCAGGACACAUACACACUUCAAGCAGGUAGUCGGGAGGUGAAGGAUGCCUGGACCAAAGACCUGGAGCGCAUCCUGUGGGAGCAGGCAGUACACAACAGAGAGGUCCGUAUGCAGGAGAGAGUGUUCAUGGGUAUUGGAAACAAGCCUUUCAUGGACAUCCAGCCCAGUGAUGCAGCUAUCAGUGACAGAGCUGUGAACUAUGUACUGAUGGGAAGAGAAAACAAGGUGCCGUCCUCUGCGGGAUCAUGUGGUUCACAGGACGGACUUCCUGGGCGGCGGCCAAAAUCUGUUGGUUCAGGAAGCAGUUCAUCUUCCUCCUCUUCCUCUGGAAGAGGUUCCUUGUCUCCUGUGGGUUACCUGUGUGGGCAAAAGCGGAGGGUGGUUUCGGGGGGCCUUGGAGGAUAUGUAUCACCCUCUGGAGCUCUUGAGGACGACGACUUGGACCAUGAGAGUGGGAGCCAGAACUUAUUGUUGGACAGCUCCGAGUCUUCAGGAGAGAGUGUGAGUGGCUUCAGCAGUUCCAGUCACAGCUACCACUCUGUAAUUGGAGGAGAGGUGGAGGACACCUCUUUGGUCUGUGCCUCCACAAUCACUGUUAAGGAGUCAGCACUUGCUCCUGAAGCUGAAGCCUCUCCAGUCUUCCACAAAUCAAAUGCUCUGGCAGAAUCCCCAGAAAAACCACCAGUUGCACCCAAGCCGAAGGCCAAACCACAGUACCAGGCCAAAGAUCUGCCCUGUGGCAAGCUUCAGAACACUGGAAAAUCCACUGAGGUUUGACCUGUGAGCUUCGGUGUUAGGUUUGGAGGCAGCCAAGAGAAAAGCCUAGAUCCGUCUGUUGGUGUCAACGUUAAAGAUGAAAAUAUUCAAACAGACAUCCUUUUAUACCAGCUGUUACUGUAAUCCAUUACCACUCUGUAAAUAUAUCUUCUUUUUAAUCUCACCACUAAAACAAUAGGUCAGAUUUAUGUAAAGAAAUUUACUAUUUUAAGCUUAAAUGGUGAUACAUUUCGCAAUGCUUUGCAUGGCUUCGCAUAGUGUGCCAUAAAUCAGUCUAGUUUCAUAGCUCAUGCGAAGGACCAUAGAGUUGCUACAGUAUUUGAGUCUGUUAUAUAUACUACAUUUAAUAGUAGUCAAAGAAUGUGGCACAAUAAUCCUGAUGAUAUAAAAUGUGCAAACAUUUAUACAUUUUUAUCAGACUUUAAUUACAAUGUAUGUGUCUUACUUAUUUCCUCUGAAAAUAAAACACAUUCACUCUGUCUUUUCUUUUAAUUAACAUUUUUGUAUAAACUAAUAUGUUACUGGUAUUAAGAUAUUGAUCUAUGUAACAGUUGUAUGGCUUUCUAUUUGAAAUACAGAAUAUUUGCAGUGAUAUGAAAGACGUUGGCUUUUAUCUGUUUUUAUUUGUACACUUUUGAACACUUUUUUUUAGUCAUAAACUUAAAGGUCCAGUGUUUCACUCUUAGGAGGAUCCGUUAGCAGAAAUGGAAUAUGAAAUUCUUAGGUAUAUUUUCAUUAGUGUAUAAUCACCUGAAAAUAGAACUCAUUGUGUUUGUUGUUACCUUAGAAUGAGAUGCUUUUAUCUACAGAGGGUGCAGGUCCUCGUCCACAGAGUACGCCAUGUUGAACUGCCAGGUUUCUACAGACAAACCAAACACUGGCUCUAGACAGGGCCAGGGAGUUCUGUGGCUACCAUAGUUUCUCCUCCAUGCUAGGAAUGCUGAGCUGUAUUCAGUUGGUUAUAACCUGCAACUUUACCACCAGAUGCUACUAAAUCUUACACAGUGGUCCUUUAAUCAACAUGCUUACAGGAAGAUUUAAAUGUAAACCCAAAUAUUAGUAGCUGCUAUCUGUCUUUAAUUUGCAUUUGCCAAAUAAUUCCAUCAUCACAAAUUUAACAGUAUGUAGCAAUAUGGAAAACGUCCCAUUUCUCUUUUACAAAUUUCACUAGAACCAACUUGUGAGUCAAUGACUAUUCAAUGAACAUUAUGAGUCAGCUUUUUGGUGAUAUUAGCUGCAUAAUAGUGUGUAUUUAUUAUAGUUCAGCAAUAAUGUGCUGCCUUAACUGUUUCCUUUAUUAUAAGGCCUAAGGGGAUUUUACAAUAAAUACUUGUGUUCCUGUCUUU